AUGCACCACCGCCAGGAGCGGCAGCAAACGGCUAGGAAGAGGCGCUCGCCGCGAUUUAUCGUCGCUGCGCUUGCGGUACUCGUCUUCAUCACACAAUUCGGCGCCAGCCUGUCUGACGUGCCUUCGGUCCGCCUACUACAGGAGAUCAUCUGUCGCAGGCACUAUGGCCUCGCCCCUGACAGCUCGGUCGAGGAGGGAAACUGUCGCACCGACGGAAUUCAGAGCCAGUUAAACGUCAUUACCACUGGCGCGUUGGUGUUUGGGUACCUGCCUGGCAUCCUAGUCGCACUUCCUUACGGCAUGCUCGCCGACCGCCGAGGCCGCAAACCCGUCCUGGGGCUUUGCAUAUUGGGCAUGAUCCUGUCUCGGCUGAUAUGGAUCGCCGCUGCUUACAACCACACACGCUGGGACUUGCGCACUGUCUGGCUCUCGUCUCUGCCCUUACUCAUCGGCGGAGGAGAGACCGUCGCAGAGGCUAUGGUCUUUGCGAUCGUGGCAGAUGUCGCACCAGAGGGAAAGAGAGCGACGUAUUUCCAGUUUGAGAUAUGUGCCGUCCUCCUCGCCGAAGCGGUCGCCCCCUUCGUCGCCUCAGCGAUGAUGGCCCACUUUGUCUGGCUCCCGAUCCUCGUGUCGCCGGCGAUCAUGACGCUGGGUGGGAUUUUGAUCUCUCUAAUACCCGAGACAUUGGACAUGAGGCACGAUGCAUUCGGCAACACCCGCAGGAAAGUCACGCCUAGUGUUCCUAGAGCCCCCACGUUCACAAACCGAGUGCACAAGCACACUCCCGAGGCUAUCAAAACCCCGUCCCGGUGGACCCGGUUCCGUGAGUCCCUCAUCUCGACCAUCCGCCUUCUCAAGUCCCGCGACAUCCUCGCCCUCACCCCCAGCGCCUCGCUCACGAUCCCAGUAGCGACGGUGACGAUGGGCAUAACGCUACGAUACAUCCCGAUCCGCUUCGGCUGGACCCUGGAGCAGACAGGCAUGGUGCUCGGCGUCCGGACGGGCCUCAACAUCCUGGUGCUGCUCAUCUUCCUCCCCCUGCUCAGCAACUCGCUCCUCUCGAGGCAGGACGACCGCGACCGCGACAUGGUCCUCGCCCGCAUCUCGGCGCUCCUCCUGGUCGCGGGCCAGCUGGUCUUCGCGUGCGCGCCCGACGUUGCCACCGCGUGCGCGGGGCUCGCGGGCGAGGUCGGCAGGCUGUUCGGCGUGCUGGCCGUCUUCGAGAUGGCGGGGUUUCUCUGCUGCGGGGUGGGGCUCGGCGCCGUGUUCCAGGCGGGGCUCGCACGCGGGCUCGGGCCCGGGACUGGUGAAGGAGCUGCCGAUGGGAAACCGGCACCCCGGGGUCGGGAGGGGUGGCUCGCGCUGGUGUUCUACGUGGCGGCAGUGGUUUAUGUGGUGUGUGCCAGCCUGCUCUGGCUCGUGAGGAAGGUAUUCGGCCGUGAUGAUGAUGGUGGCGGCGACACGGCGAGCGUGUGUUCUGGGGCGUCUUCAGUUUCGUUGCUUCACGAGGCGAGGAUACUGGCGGAUGGGAGGGUCACGAGGAAGCACUCCAGCUUGGAGAAUGUUGCUGUGGCGGUUUGA